AUGUACGUAAACAUACCUCCCAACGAAGCUAUUGAUGCGCACCACAAGCACCAUCAUCACCACCACCACCACUACCAUCACCACCAUCAUCACCACCACCAUCGACACAAGCGUACCAAAGGUCAUCCCAAGGCCGCGCUGUGUAGUGUGGAUGGAUCUACCCUAGUGUUGACCGGAGCCCCAGACGUCGCCGAAACAGAGUUCUGCAAUGGAAGCCUAGCUGAGGAACGCUGCGCAGUAGGGUGUAGAGCUCACACUAAACUAGUCUCCGGACAACUACCCUCCCAAGCAGGUUCCUACGUCAUGUUGACGUCAGAGAUCAGAGGGCCCAGUUUUCCAGUCACGGACACUCAAGUUUCGUUGUCAAACUAUAUCAACCUAACCUGA